AUGUUUAAUAAAAAACUUCCAAAAAAACUGAAUUCCAAUUUUUUUUCUUUUUCGAAAACACGACUUUUUUCUGAAUUAGUACAUAAAGAAAAACAUGAUAAAAUCACAGGAAAUGUUAUAAAAUUUGAUAGGAGAAAAGGAUACGGUUUUAUAAAGCCGAAUGAUGGAGGACCUGACAUAUUCGUUCACUACACGGAUAUUUUCCUCAAUAGAAACUUUUACGUAUCAAGUGAUGAAAAGAAAAAGUUACUAUGGAAUUCAAAUGUGAACUUAGGAAGGAUGAAAGAUAAUUUUGAUUUUGAAAAUGAUAGUGUAAAAAAAAAGGAUGAAAUUAAAAAAGAAUUUAAAUAUUUAAUACCAGGCGAGCGAGUGAAAUUUUCCGUCAUUUACGAUGAGAAAAACCAUUCAAGUAAAGCAGUAAAUGUUGAGUACCUCGAGUGA